UCCUCUGAUCUGGAUUCAAAGCACUCAAACACAUGAAGCCACAGUCUCAUGUGAAGCAGUUGUGGGCGGGGCCAGGUAGAUGUCAAUCAAGAUGUCAUUGGCCACGCCCACAUUGCAGAAUCAGCUGUUUUUAACCUGGUGUUCUCACAGUACUGUAUAGUGUUGAUGUUUUAUGUUGUAAUCACACUCUUCCUCAUGUUUGUGUUUGCAUUAAUUAAGAUUCAGAGCACUUCAAACCCUGAACCCUGUCUCUGUGUGAGUCCUGUGUCGCUGUCUGUGGUGCUGAAUGUGACUUUAAGACUCUCACACACAUUUCCACCCUUCCUCUCUGAUCCUGAACAAUGUGAUCAUGUUUAUUAUAAAGAAGAAGAAGCAGCCUGGGUGGGUCUGAACAGCCCUCCCGGACCCGGGUCGGAUGCUCCUUCCUCUUCCUCCUCUUCCUCCUCUUCUUCAUUCAUGAGGAGGGACUCUGCUGCGCGCAGGCUGGGAGGAGGGGCGAGAGGGAAUCCCAGGAAAGGGUUACAGAUAUCGCGUUGCUGCUGUCGCCCCGUCCACUCACCAGCUCCAGAGGAAGUGGAUUGUUGAAGUGAAGCGACGGAUGAAUGAAGCUGAUUCAAGCUGUAACUUUGUGUGUUUGUAAAGAGGGGGUAAAGCGGGGUGAUGUUAGGGGACCGGACAGGCUCAGCGGUGAUGUCAGCCCGGCCCAGGAGCUCCGGGAUGAAGCUCUGAGCAGCAGAGUGUGAAAUAAUCGCCUGGUAGCUGAGCUCUGGACACGCUGUCCUUUUGGAAGUGAACGUAGGAAGCAGCUCUCGGUUCUGCAGGAGAGACUGGAGCAGAAGAGGAACUUGCUCCUUCAUGGACUGUGUCUUUGCUGGGAUUGCUCGGGCCUCCUGUGGGCAGCAUCAAGGCGCACAGACCUCUGGCACAAUGUCAAGGAUGCUGAGGGACGGAGCGCAGCCUGCAGAGAGAGAGGCAUGACUCUCCGAGGCGCAGGACUCAGGUCAGGAGAGGAGCUGAGGGCAGACAGACAUGGGACCGGGACUGCAUGAAAUCUGUCUAUUUUCUUGGUCUUCCUCUUCGACGUGACACCGGACUCCCCCCUUCUCUCUCUCUCCCUCUUACUCUCCCUCCCCCUCUCUCUCUUUCUCUUUCACUUCGUGUGUUUGCGCCGUUUUGGUUCCUGUGCGCCCGGACGCUCCUCCUGCUCCUCCUGCUCCUGCUGCUGUGCAGAUCGGAUGUAAACCGGAUUGUGUGCUGCAGUCCUUCUGGGUCUGAACUCAGAUUCUUGAGGGGGGUGAAGAGCCUGUUUGUUGAGGGGAAAUCCCCGCCAGGAUCCCCUUCAUUACGCCAUGGAUGACUCGGGGAUAAUACGGCGCCGGAGGCUGCAGAAGGAUUUGCCCCUGCCUCGCAAGAACAGCAGUUGUCGAACGAGCAACAGGAAGAGUCUGAUCCUGACCACGACGUCCCCCACGCUGCCCCGCCCACACUCCCCUCUGCCCCUCCCUGGACACCUCGGAAGCAGCCCGCUGGACAGCCCACGAAACUUCUCCCCCAGCAACCCGGCACACUUCUCCUUCACCUCCUCCAGAAGCAGAGCGGAUGGACGGCGGUGGUCUUUAGCGUCUCUGCCCUCCUCUGGAUAUGGCACCAACACUCCGAGCUCCACAUCCUCCAGCUCCUCUCAGGAGCGGCUGCACCAGCUGCCCUUCCAGCCGACCAUGGACGAGCUCCACUUCCUGUCGAAGCACUUCGGCAGCACCGAGAGCAUCACGACGGACGACGACGGGGGACGCUGCUCUCCCCACAUGCGUCCUCGCUCCCGCAGUCUCAGCCCGGGAAGAUCCUCCUCCUGCUACGACAACGAGAUCGUCAUGAUGAACCAUGUGUACAAAGAGCGCUUUCCAAAGGCCACGACUCAGAUGGAGGGGAGGCUGAACGAGUUCAUUCAGGCUUUCUCUCCUGAAAGCGUUCUCCCUCUGGCCGACGGCGUCCUCAGCUUCAUCCAUCACCAGAUCGCCGAGCUCUCCAGAGACUGUCUGGCCAAAGCUCGGGAGGGUCUCAUCACGUCGGUGUACUUCUUCGAGCUGCAGGAGAACCUGGAGAAGCUGCUGAACGAUGCCUUCGAGCGGUCAGAAAGUGACGAGGUCACCUUCGUCACAGAGCUGGUGAAGAAACUCCUCAUCAUCAUCUCCCGACCGGCCCGGCUCCUGGAGUGUCUGGAGUUUAACCCGGAGGAGUUCUACCAUCUGCUGGAGGCGGCCGAGGAUCACGCCAAGGAGGGUCACCUGAUGAAGACGGACAUCCCUCGUUACAUCAUCAGCCAGCUGGGGAUGACCAGAGACCCCAUCGAAGAGAUGGUAAACCUGGAUUGUUACGACAGCGAGGGCCCGCUCACACCGGAAACAGACGACUCCACGGAGGGUAAGAUUCGAGCCAUGAAACCACCCGGAGAAGCCGACUUCCAGACCAUCAAGCUGAUCAGUAACGGGGCUUACGGUGCCGUGUACCUCGUGCGACACCUGGACACCCGCCAGCGAUUUGCAAUGAAGAAGAUCAACAAGCAGAACCUGAUCCUGAGGAACCAGAUCCAGCAGGCCUUCGUGGAGAGAGACAUCCUCACCUUCGCAGAGAACCCCUUCGUGGUCUCCAUGUUCUGCUCCUUUGAGACCCGGAGACACCUGUGCAUGGUCAUGGAGUACGUUGAAGGAGGAGACUGUGCCACGCUGCUGAAGAACAUCGGGGCUCUGCCGGUGGAGAUGGCACGCAUGUACUUUGCAGAGACCGUGCUCGCUCUGGAGUACUUGCACAACUACGGCAUCGUGCACCGGGACCUCAAACCUGACAACCUCCUGAUAACCUCGAUGGGUCACAUCAAGCUCACAGACUUCGGCCUCUCUAAGAUGGGUCUGAUGAGUCUGACCACCAACCUGUAUGAAGGCCACAUCGAGAAGGACACGCGGGAGUUCUUGGACAAACAGGUGUGUGGGACUCCGGAGUACAUCGCCCCUGAAGUGAUUCUCCGUCAGGGUUACGGGAAGCCGGUGGACUGGUGGGCGAUGGGCAUCAUCCUGUACGAGUUCCUGGUGGGCUGUGUGCCUUUCUUUGGAGACACUCCAGAGGAUCUGUUUGGACAGGUCAUCACAGAUGACAUCAUGUGGCCUGACGGGGACGAAGCUCUCCCUCUUGAUGCCCAGAACCUGAUCUCCUCCCUCCUGCAGAGGAAUCCGCUGGUUCGACUUGGCACAGGUGGUGCUUUUGAAGUGAGGCAGCAUUCAUUCUUCACCGAGGUAAACUGGAACAGCUUGCUGAGACAGAAGGCCGAGUUUAUUCCCCAUCUUGAGUCAGAGGAAGACACCAGUUAUUUUGACACCCGGUCUGAGCGUUACCAUCAUGUCCAAUCCUACGACGAAGACGACACCAACGACGAUGAGCCCGUGGAGAUCCAUCGCUUCUCCUCCUGCUCCCCUCGCUUCAGCAAGGUGUACAGCAGCAUGGAGCACCUGUCCCAGCUGGAGCAUAAACACCCUGGAGUGACCCUAAGGGAGCACAAAGUCCCCCGGGAGGACCGAGUGGCCAAAAGAGAAAGUCUGGGCAGCUUCACCCUCAGAGACAAGAGCUGGAGGACUGGAUCACCUGAGAUGAAGCGCUUGUCCUGCUCAGAGUCCUCCUUCCUGGAGAGCGACUCCAGCCCUCCCUCAGGGGCACGGAGACGCUUCUCCGCCCUCAUGGACACACACCGCCUGGCCUCUCCGCUGGAGGUGGACUCUGAGGUUACCGUCCCCAGCAGGCAGCAGCCGGUGAAGGCGAGGGGGGUGUCUCUGGAAGGAGCCAUGGGUGCUGUCAGCGCUCAAAUCGACCAGAGACAGAUACUUAAAGAAAGCAACGGGAUCACGGCUGCAGAAAAGCUUCUGAGACCUGCCGAUGCAUCAGUGCCGAUACAAGGCAGUCCUCCUGUUCUGGGGAUCCCAGACCCACAGGGGCCUCGUGGGGCGACCACAGACCUGGUCCUGCGGAGAGUUCGCCACCAGCAGCUCUCGGCUGAGGGAGAGAAACGCAACUCACGACCGGGAACCAAAGUCAUCAAGUCUGCUUCUGCUACCGCUCUGUCCGUCAUCAUUCCUGCAGUGGAACAACACGUCGCCUCCCCUCUGGCGAGCCCCAUGUCUCCACGCUCGCUCUCGUCCAACCCGUCCUCCAGAGACUCCUCCCCCAGCAGAGACUACUCUCCCAUGGUCAACGUCGUUCACUCUCCGGUCACCAUCCACCGCUCGGGGAAGAAGUACGGCUUCACCCUGCGAGCCAUCAGGGUCUACAUGGGGGACAGCGACGUGUACAGCGUUCAUCACAUGGUCUGGCACGUGGAGGAUGGAGGUCCAGCCCAGUCUGCUGGACUCAGUGCCGGUGACCUCAUCACACAUGUAAACGGGGAGUCAGUCCACGGUCUGGUCCACACAGAGGUGGUGGAGCUCAUCCUGAAAAGCGGGAGCAAGGUGACAGUUACAACCACUCCGUUUGAGAACACCUCCAUAAAAGUGGGACCCGCCCGCAAGUCCAGCUAUAAAUCCAAGAUGGCACGAAGGAGCAAGAGGACGGGAGCCAAGGAGGGACAAGAUAAGAAACGCAGCUCCCUCUUCAGGAAGAUCACCAAGCAGUCCAACCUGCUGCACACCAGCCGCAGCCUCUCCUCUCUGAACCGCUCGCUGUCAUCCGGAGACAGUCUCCCAGGAUCCCCGACCCACAACCUGUCCGCCAGAUCGCCCACACAGACGUACCGCUCGGCUCUGGAGUCCCCGUACCUGGGUACCUCCUCUCAGAGCAGCUCUGCAGCAUCCAGCACCCCAAACUCUCCGGCCGCCUCCCACCACAUGAGACCCAGCUCUCUGCACGGCCUGUCCCCGAAGCUCCACCGUCAGUACCGCUCUGCACGCUGCAAGUCUGCCGGUAACAUCCCCCUGUCCCCCCUCGCCCACACCCCCUCCCCCACCACCUCCUCUCCUCCGCCUCUCAGCGGGCACACGGUGGGGAGCUCCAACACCACACAGAUGUUUCCUGCCAAGCUGCACUCCUCUCCUCCCGUCGCUCGCCCUCGACCUAAGAGCGCAGAGCCGCCCCGGUCCCCUCUGCUGCAGCGGGUUCAGUCAGCAGAAAAGCUCGGCGCCCCGAUCCUGCCUUCUUCCUCUUCAUCAUCAUCCUCGCCUUCACCCCUGACAGGCGGGGUCUCUCUACGCAAACACAGCCUGGAGGUCUCACACGGAGACUACAGGAGGGAGUCCUUCCACUGUGAGCACAGCCUGCAGAGUCUGCUGGAGAUGGAAGGAGAGAACGGACCUGCUCCUCCCUCGCCUUCAUCCUCCUCCUCUCCCUCGCCUCCCAUGGGCGGGGAGAUCGCAGGUCUGAAGCCGGCUCGCAGGAUGGGGAGGCAGGAGUCGCCGCUCAGCCGGGAUACGAUGCUCACAACGAGAGAGAAGGACACACAGACGACACUGUCUGAACUCGCAGGGAAGAAAAUGGAGAGCGUGGCGGCUAAAGCGGACGCCAAGAGCAACGUCACUGAAAGUAAAACCGCUGCUGAGGUCUUAAAAAAGGAUGUAAGUGUCUCUGCUGUGGACACAAAGUCCAGUCCAGCUGCAGAGGCCAAACCGAGCGCAGGAGACAAACCCCAAACUGCAAGCAGCUCCAACUCUGAGGCGACCGUCUGCAAGAGUAAACUCAGCGAGAAGAGCUCGACGCCACUCGCAUCAAAGGGCGUCCAACCACAGGACGCCAAGCAGCAGGGGGACAGCAGGGCAGCAGCUAGACCUCAGGAAGGCACGGAGGAGAAAGGUAGACCCGCUGCUGGAUCAGAGAGAGUCAGCAUGCAGAAGGUGCAACCUGCAGAGGCGUCCAAGCAACGCCGAGGUCCAGAGAGAGGAGACAAGACCACAGAGACCGUCAAGGUGAAAGGACCUGCACCCCCCGUCCCCACCCAGGUCCAGACGCACCCUGCAGUCAGACCUAAAGUGGAGAAAGUCUCGAGCAGUUACCGCGGCGCCAAAGAGGAGAGGACCCACCUGGAGGUCCUUGAGGAGAACCCCAUGUCCCCUUCCUCAAUCACAGCCUCACCCUUCUCCAGCAAGUCCCGCCCCGUGUCCCCGGGCGACAAAGCCAGCUUCGUCACCCAGCUGACCAGCGUGGCCAAAACCGUCCUCGGGCCCAUGAAGAGCGGGUCCCAAGAAGGGGCUAAAGCGAAGGACGGCUCUAAGUCCGGAGAGGAGAAGCGAGGGGGCGCGGCGGGGAAACCGGAGCCUCAGUCUGGAGGCGGACGCAGAGGAGGUCAGGGGGCGACUUCAGCGAGCGCUAACCAGCAGGAGAGAGGAAGCGGCCGCAGCUCGAAGCAUCACUGGUGAUACAGAAAGGUUAAAAAGAACUCAAACUCUCCCAUGUAAUGCCUUCUAACUGUAGCAUCACACAUAUCAUGAGUCACCAUGGCGUCAGACGGACGGAGGGGGAUCCAACGCCUGAAGAAAAAAGACCAAAUACUCCACAUGUGGACACGAGAGGUGGGAACAAAGAUGCAUCAGCCCUGUUUGAAAUGUGUGUGCUCAUGGUUUCAUAACGUAGGCCUGUGUAUGUUCUGUGUGUUCUUCAUCAUGUGAUGUACAUAGAGAAACGUCUUAAUGCAUGUAAAGAGAAAGAAUAUCUAAAAAAAAGUUAAGAAUCUACGCAGACCUGAAGGUAGAGAUCACUGUGAACACCUUUAACAGGAAACUGUUAAAUACGAGUAAACUGAGGACUGUGUGUAAUGAUGGACGACACGACUACACCUCCAAGUGAAGCCAAAAUACUCUGAGGCUGACAUUUUAUGAUAACCAAAACACCUUUUAACUCACCAGUAAAACCACAAAGAUCCCUCAGGUCAGUACAGGCCUCAGCUGAACUGGCUGUACGCUCUACCUCCCCGUGAUCCUCCAUUCCAAAGGAGAGAAAAGGAGAAGACUCUGCAGAGAGAAAUAUUAAAAACAGGCCGGGACGGUAGAAGCAGGGCAAGAAGCUGGCUAGGGAUAGGCUUCAUCAGGCUAGGCUGUACGCUCUACCUCCUAGUAAUCCUCCAUUCCAAAGGAGAGAGGAAAGAACAACAAAGAGAAAAGCCUGUAGAGAGAUGCUAAAAAGAAACAGGGAGGAAGGAGCCAAAGCAGGGAUCUUAAAAAGGUUAGGCUGUAUGCUCCACCUCCCUGUAAUCCCCCAUUCCAAAGGAGAAAGGACAGAAAAACACAGAGAAGAGCCUGUAGUGAGAUAUAAGAAAGAGGAGAGGGAACGCAGAGCCAGGGUGGGAAUCUUAAAGGGAUAGAGUUCACCGUGGUCAUGUUAGGCUGUACGCUCUACCUUCCUCUGCUCUCCAAUUUAAAGAGGGAAUGGAGAGAAACAAAGGAAGACAGUUUUAGAAGAAAGAAAGGAAAGGGAAAGCAAGGUUGAGAAGCUUGUUCGAACAAGAGCUUAUCCCCCUCAGAACAGGGUGUACGCUCAACUUUCCCCCACUCCCCAAUUUUCACAAGGGAAUGAAGAGAAGUGAAGACAAGUUUAGAGAUAUCAGAAAGAAGACAGGAAAGAUACAGCCAAGGCAAGAAGCGUGUUUGGAAAAGAGCUUAUCUUCGCUAGGUUAGGCUGUACGCUCAAUCUUCCUGCAGUUCCCCAUUUUUAUGAGGAAAGGGGGGAAGAGAGGAAGAAACAAUGAAGAGAUGAGACUGUAGAGUGAUGUUGCAAAGAGGACAGGGGAGAUAGAGCCAGAGCAAGAAUCUGAAAUGGGCUAGGCUGUACACUCUACCUCCCCCUACGCCUCCAUUUACAUGAUUGAUGAGAAGAGAGAGGAACAAAGAGUCUGUAGAGAGAUACUAGAAAGAGGAGAGGGACUGUAGAGCCAUGGUUGGAAUCUUAAAGGGAUAGAGUUCACCGUGGUCAUGUUAGGCUGUACGCUCUACCUUCCUCUGCUCUCCAAUUUCAUGAGGGAAUGGAGAGAAACAAAGGAAGACAGUUUUAGAAGAAAAACAGGGAAGGGAAAGCCAGGGCUGAGAGGCUUGGGAAAGAGCUUAUCCUUGUUGGGUUAGACUGUAUGCUCAACCUCCCCAGGGUUCCCCCCUUCAAUGAGAGGAGAGAAAAACAGAGGAGAGUGUGAGGACAGGGAAGGCAAAGCCUUGUUUGGGCUGGAGUUCACCCUCACCAGGUUAGACUGCACGCUCUACCUCCUCCUUCGCCUCCAUUUUCAUGAGAGACGAGAGGAACGAAGAGUCUGUAGAGAGAUGUAAAGAAGACAGGAAGAGCAGAACCAGAGACUCGAGGUCGCCCCCAUCAGGUUCGGCUGUUUGCUCUACCUCUCCCUCCUCUACAUGUUUGAGAACAUCUAUCGACAUGUGUUUGGAUUUUCUGGUCCGAUGUGUUAACAAGGAGGAAGCAGGUUUUAUGACCCGUCAGAAGGGGGAGUGCUAAAUGUUUUGGCUUCACUGUUAGGGAGCUGUCAUGUCGUCCAUCUUUCCCCACAGUCUUUGGUGUGAACAAGCUGGAUUCUGUUGUAAACGGGCAUUACUCACAUUUUAAAUCAGCUCCAGUGCCAUCACUGAGUUCAGCCGAGUCAUCAGAAACCAACACAUCCUGUCUCCCUCCUUCGUUAGAUUAAGAGAUCAGUCUCAGAGCGACGACGGAAAACUGGACCGAGACACCAAAACCGCCGAGUAAAGAUGGAGUCAGGUAGCUUCAGACGUGUUCAAGGGCUGGAUUCAGUGAUCGGAAACAGGAAGGGGAGGUGAACUUGCACAGGGACGCUAUGCAAUGUGCGAAUAACGCCACUUUUUGGUGUCCCCCGAUAUCGACGUUUACAUUGUGCUCAAGAAGAAGAAGAAGAAGAAGAAGAAGAAGAAGAAGAAGUAACGGAGAAAAGGGUUGCAAUAAGCCGAGCUAACACUUUGAGUUUUAAAUGUUCUCCAUUCAUCUUAGUGAAACGUGCAAUGAUACAGUUAUUUAACAAACUAGUGAGACAAAGUAAAGAGCCAAAACGGAUCAGAGAGGUGAAGCUCUCUCUCUCUCUCUCUCUCUCUCUCUCUCUCUCUCUCUCUCUCUCUCUCUCUCCUCUCUCUCUCUCUCUCUCCUCUCUCUCUC